AUGCACAGAACUUAUUCUCUCCGUCAAUCGCGUGCUCCAACUGCCGCCCAACUUCAAUCACCCCCUCCUCCUCCCUCUUCUACCAAGACUGGUAGAUUCUUUGGUAAGGGUUCCAUCAGCCACACUUUCAGAAGAUCGACUGCUGGUUCUUUCGGCCCGGAGCUUGCUAGAAAGCUCGCUGCCCUUGUUAAGAUGGAGAAGAAUGUUAUGAGAUCAAUUGAACUCGUUGCCCGUGAGCGUCGCGAGGUUGCCAAGCAGUUAUCCAUCUGGGGUGAGGAAGGUGAUGAAGACGUUUCUGAUGUUACCGACAGACUGGGUGUUCUCAUUUACGAAAUCGGUGAGCUGGAAGAUCAAUUCAUUGACAAAUAUGACCAAUACAGAAUCACCCUCAAGUCUAUCCGUAACAUUGAGGCCUCAGUUCAACCUUCUCGUGACCGUAAGCAAAAGAUUACCGAUCAGAUUGCUCACUUGAAAUACAAGGAACCCAAUUCUCCCAAGAUUAUUGUCCUGGAACAAGAAUUGGUCCGUGCUGAAGCCGAGUCUCUUGUUGCUGAGGCUCAAUUGUCUAAUAUCACCCGUGAGAAGCUUAAGGCCGCUUUCAACUACCAAUUUGAUGCUAUCCGUGAGCACUCUGAGAAGCUUGCUCUUAUUGCUGGUUACGGUAAGGCUUUGUUAGAUCUUUUGGACGACAGCCCAGUCACUCCUGGUGAGACUCGUCAAGCUUAUGAUGGCUACGAGGCCUCUAAGCAAAUUAUUAUUGAUGCUGAGAACGCUUUGGCUACUUGGACUCUUGACCAGGCCUCUGUCAAGCCCACUCUUUCUAUCAGAAGAUCAACUACUGAAGGUUACCUCGAGGAAGAGGGUGCUGAAUGGGAUGGUAAGGAAGAGGGUGAGGUUGAGGAGCACGAACCCGUUGAAGCCUAG